ACGAGAGAGAGAGAGAGUGCGGAAAUAAAUCGUUGAGAUUUUGUGCACAAUCGUGUAAAAAAUGUAGCUAAAAGGGAAAUGUAACAGGAAUUUUUCAUGAAGGAUCUCACAGGAGGGCAGAAAUACUGAAAUACAGGAGGAUUUAUUGAUUACGAUAGGAGAGAGCGUAAGUAAAUUGUUUAAAUAACAUUUUCUGCACAGUCGUGUAAUACAUGCAGCAAGAGCAAAUGUAACAGGAAUACUCCAGAACGUUGUAACAGGAGCGCUCACAUACUUAAAUACAGUAGCAUUUGACUUGACUCCGUUAGGGAAAGACUGGAAAUAAAUCGUUCAAAUCAUAUUGUCUGACAUUCGUGCAAACAAUGUAGCAAAAGGAGAAAUGUAACGUGAUUUUUUCGAGAGAGGUGUAACAGGAAAGCAUAAAUACUUGAGUAGCAGCUCACUUGAUUACGUUAGGUAAAGAGCGCAAGCAAAUCGUUAAAAUAAUAUUUUCUCUACAAUCGUGUAAGAUAUGUAACAAAAUGGGAAAUGAAACAGGAAUUACUCAAGAAACGUGUAAUAGGAGAACAUAAAUACUUAAAUAGUUGUAUUUCAGUUGGUUACGUUAGCUAGAGAGCGAAAAUGAGUCGUUGAACUCCUAUUUUUUGCAAAGUCGUCUAGAAAAUCUAGCAACAGGAAAAAAUUAACAGGGGUUUCUUAAGAAAGAGGUAGCGGGAGAGCAGAAGUACUUAAACACAGUAGCAUUCCACUUGAUUACGUUAGAGAGAGUGCGGAAAUAAAUCGCUGAGAUCGUAUUUUCUGCACAAUGGUGUUAAAAAUUUAGCUAAAGGGGAAAUGUGACAGAAGUGUCUCGUGAAAGUUGUAUCAGGAGAACAGAAAUUUCACUUGAUUACUGUAUCAGAGAGUGUAAGUAAAUUGUUUAAAUAGUUCUGCACAAUUGUGUAAAAAAUGUAGCAAAAGAGAAAAUGUAACAGGAAUUUCUUGAGAAACGUGUAACAAGAGGGCAUAAAUACCUAAAUACAGUAGUAUUUCACUUGAUUACGGUAGGUAAAAUAAUUUGUAACUUGCUUAUAUGAAGUAUAUCGUGUAGCCAUUCACAUAGUUUUUCCAUGGAUUUAAAAUUAGAUCUUUCAUAAGAAACCGAAUAGUUUUUUGCGAUAUUUCUAUAAUAUGUGUUGGACGUGCGCAGAUAUCCUUUAGUUAUGCAUUGUAAACGGAUGUUCAUUUUUAUACAGGGCGGUAGUGCACAAACUUGUUGGAUCGGCUAGAAUUUCUCGGACUAUCCAAAGUAGACGCAAUUUCAGGGAGAGGAUAUGCAUCAGCAACGCUUUGGGUACAGAAAGCAAUUCUUAUUCUUGCUAUACCUUUACUGAAGGCUGUAUUUUAAUGAUUAUGUUGCUUAGUCAAUAUGUGGGAAAUUGAGCAAUGUGGACAAUGUUGUAGUUGAUUUGUUCGUCAUAAAUUGGUCGUUUAUAUGCAACUCAUUUUCACACGAACGGCUUAUUGCAAAAUGUGUUUCCACGAAGUAGGUACCUAUAUCAGUUGAUCUAGGUCUGAUAACCGAAAAUGUACCUCUUAACGGUUUUAUUUGGUACUACGUUGUUCCACACCAUCUAUCCAGCUAAAUUACCAAGCUACUUUCCAAGAUGUUACCAGGACGACCAGAACAUAAACGAGUGCUUCAUAAGUGCUGCCAACAGUCUAAACGAGAACGUCAGAAGUGGGAUACCGGAAAUCGGUUUGCAUCAGUUAGACCCGUUCGUUGCUCCCAACUUGAACCUUACACUAGAAUCUCCCAUUACCGAUCUUUAUGUCAGUGUAAAUGACUUGAAUCUGGACCGGCUGUACAACUACCACUUUACUGCUGCAGAUAUUCGACCGAAAGAGGGCGUGAUUACAGGAACGGUUAUCCUUCCCGAUUUGGACUUAUGGGGAAAUUACCGAGUUCAAGGGCAUAUAAUAAAUCUUCCGCUGAAUGGGGGUGGCUACUUUAAACUUAUGAAUGAUAACAUGGAAUGUGAUUUUCUAAUAAACGAUUGGAACGAGAGGGGGAAUUGUAACAAGAUCAAUGUGGAAAUCACGUGCAGAGAUGAAGACGUCAAAGUAAACCUUACAGGAUUGCCUAAUGGGGAUACGAUUAUCGGCCUUCUGAACCUAAGUUCCAAAUUGGUCGCAUCGGAAAUCUCGCCUGCAUACGCGGGCAUUUUCCAGAAGUUUUUGGGAUCGUUCCUGAAACGGCUGUGCAGAAAAUAUCCGUUGAAUUCUUUAUUUCCGACGUCUUCCUAACAUGAUCGAUUAAAUUACUGCAACUUUCACAGGGUUCCAUUUUCCUUUGGCCAAAAAUCAUUGAUUAAAGAAUUACGAAAUGCA